UAGUUGCCAACUUAUUCUAGAGAAAGAAGCAUAAAUCCAAAGUUAAACCCUAACGUAAUUUAUCAAAAAAUUAGUAACUUACAACUUGUUGUUAGAACCCCUUAUUGCCGUUGUGUCACUUCAUAUCUAUCUCUGUACAGUCUUCUUUGACAACAAUUCCCCCGUUAACAUACACUAAAUAGGAUAGACAGUAAAAAGAAAGCAGCAAGAACCGAAAGGGGAGGAUGGGAGGUUGGAGUGUACAUUCUGUGUCGACUCCUCUCAGUUUGAGUUUGGGCUCACACUCAUUGCCCAAGCCUGCUUAUUACUGUUGUUUCAAUUAUGGUUUUCCAGUAAAAUCCAGGAAAGCUCCUUUUUGUGCUAUUUCGAUUCGUUGCUGUGCAUCUGCAUCUAAAUCCUACAACGUUAAUAAAAUCCUGCAAGCUGAGCCUGAGAUUGAUGAUUUCGUGGUGGUCAAUUUUUAUCGCUUUGUCUUCAUCAGAGACCCUCAACACGAAAUUGCUAAGCACCUCACUUUCUUAAAGGGUUUGGACAUACAUGGCCGAAUCUAUAUAAACGAACAAGGGAUUAACGCACAGUAUAGUGGGCCCUCAAAACAUUCUUUUGCAUAUGUUGAAUGGUUAAAAGAAGAUGACAGAUUUUCAGAUAUACUAGUUCAGACAUCUCCUGCGUUUAACGGGCAUGCCUUUCCCAAACUGAAGCUGCGAUAUAAGCCUUCACUUGUACAAUUGGAAGGAGGAAUUUCUCACCUCCCUUUGCUUGACCCAUCAAUGCGAGCGACAGCUAUAGCACCAUCAGAAUGGAGGAAAAGACUAGAAGCAGUAAAAAACAAUGAUACGGCAUCAAAUACAAAUCCUAGAACAAACUAUAUUUUGCUGGACGUAAGAAAUGGUUAUGAAUGGGAUAUUGGUCAUUUUCAUGGUGCUCAACGACCAGAUGUGGAUUGCUUUAGAAGCACUUCAUUUGGAAUAUCUCCAACUGAGGGUGUUGCUUCAGAUCAGCUAUUACAAGUUGAUAAAGAAAAAACUGAUAUUUUGAUGUAUUGCACAGGAGGUAUACGUUGUGAUGUAUAUUCAACAAUCUUAAGACAACAGGGUUUUCAAAAUUUGUACACCUUGGAGGGAGGGGUAUCUCAUUACCUCAAAACUGAAGGUCCUGUAAAAUGGAUUGGGAACUUAUUCACAUUUGACUCUCGUCUUUCUCUCCCACCAUCUGCCUAUAACCAUGAAACAAUGAUUGAAGCCAGCAUGACUCAGCAAGCAUUUGACAGUGAUAAAUUUGCUAAAUGCUACGUUUGCAAUUCACAAGUUUCUGAGUUAAGGCACCGGAACUGUGCCAAUCUUGACUGCAACUUUCUUUUCUUAUGUUGUGAAAACUGUGUGAUGGAUUUGGGAGGAUGUUGUUCUUACAAUUGCAUGACUGCGCCCCGACGCAGACCUGUUUUACCGGGGUUUCAAAGAUACAAAAAGUGGCAUGUGUAUCGAGAUCAGAAAGUCGAAGCUUGAGCUCAAUGAAGAAUUCACGAUUAGGAUGUUUUUGAGUGUUACCUCCAGCCGCCGCCUUUUCUUGUAAGGCCUUUGCAUCUCUUUCCCAGCGUUGUUCAGGGGUCAAUCUGUCGUCCUUGGAUUUUCAAUCUACGAAAGAUCCAACUUCUUGCUUUUUCUAUGUUUGUGCUCAAUCAAAUUCCAUGUUUUAGUGAAUUUAAGAGAAGAUUAGGUGAUACUUUUAUGGUUUCACAAUAUAUAUUCAGUUUUCAUUCAUUUGAAAUCUUUUUUUAAUCUCUUGAUCGCUAUUAUGAUGAUCAUCAUCGUUUGAUUUUGA